AAAUGUAGCUAUCAGUGAUAAUAAAAUGGUUUAUUGGAAGGAACAUAAUUACCUCUUUCUGGUACACCAGGAAAAUUACUAGGAAUGUGCUGGUUGAUAAAUAUCAAAAAGCCUAAAAUUUUCACUUGCUACCAAGGGAACAUUGAUACUUGAGGUUGAAAGUCAGAUUUCAGUGUGGUGAUAACUCAGGUUUCCGGGUGGCGAGCUGCUGAGCUUACUGGGAACUUCAGUCUUCCUCCCUGAAGGUGUCCGCGUUUGCUGACUGGUUGUCACCCCCUGCCCCACUUCAGAACGCGUUUGUGAAGAAGACAUUCUCUCUGGAUGAAGCAACUACAGAAGUGCAGGCAAGACAUUCUGCUGCCGUCGCUGAGUGUGGCUUAAAUAAAAAGCAUGUUUAUGUGGGAGAGAAUGUGUGGGGGUUGCUUUCGCAUUAUGGAAUUCUUAAAAUUGUUGAACCGGGAAGAUGUUAUUCAGAAACCCCUGGUGCCUUCAGCUUGUUUUUUGUUUAUUUCAGGUUUCUUUUUUCCCCCAUUUUUAAUUAUCUCUGGAAAAACUCAAGAGUCCUCCCCUGCUCCUAAAAUAGUUAUAAAAUUAAUGUGCUGUACUCAAGUCGUUACUCCAUGUAAAAGAGUAAAAGACUCCCAUAUUAAGCAGAGAAGUCCAGCCUCCUCUCUCUGAGUGUGAGAAAAAGGGCAUAGACUGGAGACUGGAUCUUUCUUCUAAGUCUAAAUUCUUAGCUUUUCAGCCAGCGAUUUAUAGAGGGUAGAACCAAAAGUCACCACCAGCAUUCUGUCUGUAUGAGAGCACACAGAAUCGUGCUUUCCCCUGCUAGUUUAGUAGGUAGAGAGUUUACAUGGGCUUUUAAUAAUAUUUUUUCUCUUCUAGCUGUUGCACUUGGCAGGUUCCUUUUUUAACAUUUGAUAAUGUAUCUUUUCUAAUGCUAGAAAGAAAAGUUGCCAAAUAUUGCUGUUGAUCAUAAUAAAACACCCUAAAAGUAAUGACUUCUUUUUUGGUAUGAGUGCCCGGGCCCACUGCAGGGUGAUCUCCAGCCUUCCGCCAAGCGCACAGCUGGAAGGGCACCUUCAGUCAGCAAUCGAUAUGUCAUUUGGGUAGAGCAACUCAACAAUGAAAAUGGUGGGUCUUCCCAAAUUAGAAAAACAAAAAGGCGAAUGAACAAAUAUGUAUGAGUGUCCAUGAAGAGGCGCUGUGCUAGGCUUCGUGGAGAUUAACAGGUUCAUGUAGGAUGUGGUUCCCGCUGCCCUACGGCAGCUCAGCUGGGGAGACAUAAUCCAGAAAAGUUCAAAUAACAAUAGAAGAUUUAAAUAGCAUUUCAAAAUAGCUGUUAUUAAUAGAGGAGAACAAAAACCAAUCUGUUUUUGCAAGGGUUCUCCUAAAAAUGUUAACAUCAUUCUAAGCUGUGGAGAGUGGAUUGAACAUCAGAGACCAGUCAUUGGGUUCUAGAGGUCUGUCUGUAAAUCUGUCUGGACCUGACAGAGGCCAUGUGUGUAUUGCAGAUUGACCACCUCCAUUCAGUUAUGCAGAAAUCUCUGCACUGGCUGGAAGAGCACUGUCAAAUGUUGUAAGCAUUCUAAAGUUCACCUUUGUGGGUCAGAAACACAUCACCCCUCACCCUUCUACCUCCAACAGAAUUCCCUUUAUGAAUGUGAUAGAAUGGAGGGGAAAGAAUGCAAGUCUUGCUAAGUGGACUCAAGGCCAUUUUCACAAAGGGCAUUGAAGGUAUCUGCUCUGGGACCCCGUGGAGGGACUUGCAGUUUUCCUGGAACCUCGAGUUUCUGGAAUACUGUGCUGGCAUCACUCCAGAACCACUGGACCUGUACAACAUGCUGAUUCCCUGGUGCACAGGCAAUCCAGGCUUCAGUCCCAGCUUUGAUGAGAGCACCAGCCUCAAGCCUUGUUCUGUGCCCACAAGGAAACGAAAGUAAAAAUUAAUAGCAAACUUCUUUUAACUAAACCAUAGUCUUUAAAGCCCAGAAUCAGACUUGUUUCUUGGUUUUGAUAGCUGUAAAUGAGCAAUUUAUGCUUUUUGUUGUUAUUGUCAUUCACUGGUUCAUUCUUUUCUUCAAGAAGGUUUUAUUUAAAUUUGUGUAAUUGUGAAAAUAGCACACUUGUUAAAGUAUUUUGAAAAUAAGGAAAAGCAGAAUAAAAAUGUACCCAGUGCCACUAUUUACAUUUCAAUUUAUCUCUUUCCACUGUUUUAAAAGAUAUGACUAUACUAAUACUUCUAGUCCUAGAAUCCUUGCCUCACCCUCUCCAAGAUGGCUGUAGGAUUUCUGGGUUGCUGAGGUAAUGUACAGUUGAAAAAAUGUCAAGAUGUGUCAGGUAAGCUACGUCUGCUGUUGGCCUAAGGACAGAUAUUUUGGUGUAAGGAUGCCUAAUGUCUUAGAGACCAUGUAAGGCCUCGAUGACUUACCCAGCUUUCCCCAGAUCAGCCUCACAACCAUAAUGCCAUGCGCGUUCCUCAAUGUGCUAGCCCAGUAUAUUUCUUCCAAGGACUGCUCAGCUGUUCUAAAAAAUUCUGGUCAGGAAUGGGGAGAGAUGAGCUGCCUAUGAAGGAGACAGAGUGUGCUUAUUUGCACUGUUUUCAUUUCCUUUGCACAUAAUUUGGAGGCACUUCCCCAAUUGGGACAGUGUGGCUAAUUUGUGGAAAGCUCCUGCUAUUAGCAUUGGUCUUUCCUUUGGCCUUGUCAAUCUAGAUACAUUGGCUUGGGAAAUUAGGCAUCCUGACCUCAGUUGCACAGCCCUCUUCCUCCUUCUUUUACCAAAGCACAUGAUUUAGCCAGAUAACAACUAUCCACACCACAGAGAUAAUUCCAGCAAUUUGGCAGGGGGAAAGUUGGUAGGAGGAUGAGUGAAGGGAGGGGAGGGGGAAACAGCAUUAAAGGUAGCCUCAAGACCAUGGAGGCAUCUAGGCAUGAAGGGAGGAGGCCUCAGAUACAGGAGAGAAGGAAGGCAGAUAAUUGGUGGCCUGGGCACUCAGCAGGGCAGUGGUUGCCUUCUCCUUGACUUUGAGUCUCCUGCCUCAUCCAUCUUUGCUGGCCCAUGGUCAAGCAGUCUUCUCACUGUGGGGAGAAAGGGAAGAGGGAGGAGCAAGAGAAGUAGGAUGUGGUAAUGGUGGCAGUGGUAGUGGUAGUAGAUAACUUCAACAUUUACAGGGUUGGCUGGGAGUGGUGGCUCAGGCCUGUAAUCCCAGCAUUUUGGGAGUCCUAGGUGGGCAGAUCAUGUGAGGUCAGGCGUUUGAGACCAGCAUGGACAACAUGGCAAAACCCCGCCUCUACUAAAAAUACAAAAAUUAGCUGUGUGUGGUGGCAUGCACCUGUAAUCCCAGAUACUCAGGAGGCUGAGGCAGGAGAAUCACUUGAACCCGGGAGGCAGAUGUUGCAGUGGGUGGAGAUUGUGCCACAGCACUCCAACCUGGGCCACUGAGUGAGACUCUGCCUGAAAAAAAAGAAAUUGCAGUGUCUUUUAAACUCAUGAGUCAAAAUGUUUGCACCAUCUAAAUUGUGGUGCCUUGGAGCAAAGCGCUGGCUUCCAGGCCCUGGUUGUAGUUCUAAAUAAUGUGUACUAUUGUGCAUUGUGGGAUGUUUAGUAAGAUAGAUAGAUAGAUAGAUAGAUAGAUAGAUAGAUAGAUAGAUAGAUACAUAGAUACAUAGAUACAUAGAUACAUAGAUAGAUAGAUAAAGGUACUAUAAAUCCACCUUGGUGGGUUUUUUUUUUCUUUUUUACCUUAACAUUAUAUAGCAAGGAUAUAAAUACAUAGAUAUAUUCUUAGCUUUUUUUUUGUUUGUUUUUUAGUUUUUUUGGAGACAAGAUCUAGCUAGCUCUGUUGCCCAAGCUGAAGUGCAGUGUCAUGCAGUGUUGAACUCCUGGGCUCAAGCAAUCCUCUUGCCUUAGGCUCCUGAGUAUCUUGGACUACAGAUGUGAAUUAUUAAAAAGAAAAUGGCCCAACGGAGCACUGUAUUUCCUUCUCGUGUCACCAAGGAAAGGCGAGUGAGAACCAUGCCCCGACACAGCCAGUCCCUGACCAUGGCACCAUACUCGUCUGUAAGCCUCGUGGAGCAGCUGGAAGACAGGAUCCUCUGCCAUGAGAAAACCACCGCCGCCCUCGUAGAGCACGCCUUUCGGAUUAAAGAUGACAUUGUCAACAGUUUGCAGAAAAUGCAAAACAAAGGGGGAGGUGACCGCUUGGCCAGGCUUUUCUUGGAGGAGCAUAUCAGAAACAUAACUGCCAUAGUGAAGCAACUUAAUCGGGAUAUCGAGGUACUCCAGGAGCAGAUUCGUGCCCGGGACAACAUUAGCUAUGGAACUAAUUCUGCCUUAAAGACCCUGGAGAUGCGCCAGCUCUCUGGUUUGGGAGAUCUUCGAGGAAGAGUGGCAAGAUGUGAUGCCAGCAUAGCUAGACUUUCUGCAGAGCACAAAACGACCUAUGAGGGGCUCCAGCACUUGAACAAAGAACAGCAGGCUGCCAAACUUAUCUUGGAAACGAAAAUCAAAGAUGCAGAGGGACAGAUUUCUCAGCUUUUGAACAGAGUGGACUUGUCAAUAUCAGAGCAGAGUACCAAACUGAAGAUGUCUCACAGAGACAGUAACCACCAGCUUCAGCUUUUGGACACUAAAUUUAAAGGUACAGUUGAGGAACUCAGUAACCAGAUACUAUCUGCACGGAGUUGGUUGCAACAGGAACAAGAACGGAUAGAAAAAGAGCUUUUACAGAAAAUUGAUCAGCUUUCUUUGAUUGUUAAGGAAAACAGUGGAGCCAGUGAAAGGGAUAUGGAGAAGAAGCUCAGCCAGAUGUCAGCCAGGCUUGACAAAAUAGAAGAGGGUCAAAAGAAGACUUUUGAUGGUCAGAGAACAAGGCAAGAAGAGGAGAAGAUGCACGGGCGAAUCACCAAGCUGGAGUUACAGAUGAACCAGAACAUCAAGGAAAUGAAAGCGGAAGUUAAUGCUGGGUUUACAGCCGUCUAUGAAAGCAUAGGAUCCCUCAGGCAAGUUCUCGAGGCCAAGAUGAAGCUGGACAGGGACCAGCUACAGAAGCAAAUCCAGCUGAUGCAGAAGCCAGAGACCCCCAUGUGAAGGGAGCUGGGACAAGGUCCUAAAAGACAGUUUUGCCAGUGGGGCUAGGAGCCGGAUACCUCUGUAGCCAGGCCAUCGCUGCAUUCAGGAUUGUUCCAUCCAUGGCGUGCAUGUGCCAAGAAAUGUGUUUUUAUGGGUCUAAAUGUUUACCUUGAGUCUUGAAAAUACUCUUUUGUUAAAAGUAUGAAAUACAGUUUUUACCAGUUUAUUUCACUUCUCUAAAUUCAAUGGAAAUCCCUCGCCCUGGAUUUUGAAAGGCUUUUAUCUUCUUCAUUUUACGAAUGGAAAGACGACAAUUUUUCUUCAAUGCUUGAUGCACUAAUGAAGACUGUUUACUAUUUUGAAAAAUGUCAUGGGGAUUUUUUUUUAAUUAAGAAACUAAUGAAUCAUCACAGGAAUGUGUUGCUCCUCAUCCUAAAUUAAGAGAAUGUCCCAGUAGAUUAGACUUCAACCUUUGAGUCCAAUUUGGAUUUUAUUAUUGUUGUCUAUGCACUUCUUAUAUUGGUUACCUUCUUGUAAAUCUUCUGUCUUUUGUAAGGGGAAAGGAUUUAACAUUUAGAAUAAACCCCACCAUUUAUGUAAUGGAAAUAGUUUAAAAAUUGCUAACUGCCAUGUGGAUUGCAAAUUAAAUGGAAACUUAUUUAGAUAAUGUAAGGCUCAAUAUCUGCGUUGACCACCUAGAUAUUACAGGUUUUAAUAUUUAAAACUAUUUUUGAAUUAUCCACAACCUGUAUAGUGAUAGCCAUAUAUUUAAUAAUGGAAUGGUGGUUACCAGUCUAUUUACUGCACAAUUAAUUGUUCACUAAUCAAAUAGAAUGUGAUAAUUUUUCAGACUUUAUGAUCUGUUUCCAAAAUUGGCACAAAGUGCUAGGGUUUAUAUACACUUAUCGUAACUGUAUUUUUGUGCCUUGGUUUUAUCAUGUCAAUGCACUGUACUCUGUAAAAGUUUUGCAGACAAAAUAGAAAGUAUGAUAAUCCGUCAGAAGUAUGAUGUAAAACUGGAAUCCUCUGUAUUUUUUAAAUGUUCUAAAAAUUUUAUCACUGUUAAGGUAUUAAUCAUUCAGUAUUACUAAUGGAAUAGAAAUUCAUACUUUUGUAUGGACAACAAUUCAAAUCGAUAUUGCAUUUAUAGCACUGUAAGAAACUUUCAUCUUGAGCAACUUUGUAGAUGAUGGGUGUUUUAUUUUCAAUCGCCAUAUUUGAUCAGUCAUUGAAAAUUGGCCCCAGUGCUGUUUGUUCAUCUCUGUGUGUAAAAACUGACAGUGAGACACAACGUUCUGAACUGUGAGGGUGUCCCAGAAAAAAGAAAAACAGGAAUACUUUAACAAUUAAAAAGAAAAAAAUGUUUUUUGUUUGCCAAGGACUCAGGAAAAUAAAAAGCAUUUUCUAUUUUUAGGAUAAAUCACAAAUGAAGUAUCUAACUGGCUAUUACUGUUUACCCAUAUAAAAUAUGCUGCUAAAGUACAUAUUUUGCUGUCAAUGGCUUGACAAUUUUUUUUUUCAAAUUUGGACGUGAGAGGUUAUAUAGGGACUAUAUUAUCCAACACAUAUUUUCUUAUUUUGCCACAAAUUUCCACUUAACAAAUAAAAAAAGGCGAAUGCU